CGGCCUCAAACAAUGACCCCGAGAUGGACGGGGAGGACGGGGUUUCCUUCAUCAGUCCACUGGGCAUCCUGUACACCCCAGCUUUAAAAGUGAUGGAGGGCCAUGGGGAAGUGAAUAUUAAGCAUUACCUAAACUGCAGCCACUGUGAGGUAGAUGAGUGCCACAUGGACCCCGAGAGCCACAAGGUCAUCUGCUUCUGUGACCAUGGGACAGUGCUGGCUGAGGAUGGUGUCUCCUGCAUUGUGUCCCCCACACCUGAGCCCCACCUGCCGCUCUCGCUGGUCCUCUCUGUCGUGACCUCAGCCCUUGUGGCAGCCCUGGUCUUGGCUUUCUCCGGCAUCAUGAUUGUGUACCGCCGGAAGCACCAGGAGCUGCGAGCCAUGCAGAUGGAGCUUCAGAGCCCUGAGUACAAGCUAAGCAAGCUUUGCACCUCGACCAUCAUGACUGACUACAACCCCAACUACUGCUUUGCUGGCAAGACCUCCUCCAUCAGUGACCUGAAGGAGGUGCCUCGGAAGAACAUCACCCUCAUCCGGGGUCUGGGCCAUGGUGCGUUUGGGGAGGUGUAUGAAGGUCAGGUGUCUGGAGUGCCCAGUGACCCAAGCCCCCUGCAAGUAGCUGUGAAGACGCUGCCUGAGGUGUGUUCUGAACAGGAUGAACUGGAUUUCCUCAUGGAAGCCUUGAUUAUCAGCAAAUUCAACCACCAGAACAUCGUGCGCUGUAUUGGGGUGAGUCUGCAAGCCCUGCCCCGAUUUAUCCUGCUGGAGCUCAUGGCGGGAGGAGACCUCAAGUCCUUCCUCCGGGAGACCCGUCCUCGCCCGAACCAGCCCUCCUCCCUGGCCAUGCUGGACCUUCUGCACGUGGCUCGGGACAUCGCCUGUGGCUGUCAGUAUUUGGAGGAAAAUCACUUCAUCCACCGGGACAUUGCUGCCAGGAACUGCCUCUUGACGUGUCCAGGCCCUGGCCGAGUGGCCAAGAUCGGAGACUUUGGAAUGGCCCGAGACAUCUACAGAGCGAGCUACUACCGAAAGGGAGGCUGUGCGAUGCUGCCGGUCAAAUGGAUGCCUCCAGAAGCCUUCAUGGAAGGAAUAUUUACUUCUAAAACAGACACGUGGUCCUUUGGAGUGCUGCUGUGGGAAAUAUUUUCUCUUGGAUACAUGCCAUACCCUAGCAAAAGCAACCAGGAAGUUCUGGAGUUCGUCACCAGCGGAGGACGGAUGGACCCACCUAAGAACUGUCCUGGGCCCGUAUACCGGAUAAUGACCCAGUGCUGGCAACAUCAGCCUGAAGAUAGGCCCAACUUUGCCAUAAUUUUGGAGAGGAUUGAAUACUGCACCCAGGACCCAGACGUGAUCAACACCGCUUUGCCCAUAGAGUAUGGCCCACUCGUGGAGGAGGAAGAAAAGGUGCCCAUGAGGCCCCAAGACCCGGAGGGUAUGCCUCCUCUCCUAGUCUCCCCUCCACAAGCUAAACGGGAGGAAGGGCAGGAUCCAGCUGCCCCGCCCCCUCUGCCUUCCACUUCCUCCGGCAAAGCCUCCAAGAAACCUACGGCCGCGGAGCUCUCUGUUCGCGUCACCAGAGGGCCCGCCGUGGAAGGGGGACACGUUAAUAUGGCGUUCUCUCAGUCCAACCCGCCAUCAGAGCUACACAAAGUCCAGGGAUCCAGAAACAAACCCACCAGCCUAUGGAACCCAACUUAUGGCUCAUGGUUUACAGAGAAACCCACCAAAAAGAACACUCCUCCGGCAAAGAAGGAGCACCAUGAGAGAGGAAACCUGGGACGUGAGGGAAGCUGUACCGUCCCACCGAACGUUGCAACUGGCAGACUUCCGGGCGCCUCUCUGCUCCUAGAACCAUCCUCGCUGACUGCCAACAUGAAGGAAGUGCCUCUGUUCAGGCUACGUCACUUCCCGUGUGGAAAUGUCAACUAUGGCUACCAGCAACAGGGCUUACCUUUAGAGGCCACCACUGCCCCUGGAACCAGUCAUUACGAGGACACCAUUCUGAAAAGCCAGCCUGGGCCCUGAGCCCACUGGCACUCAUUUAUCUUCCUUGGGAACCCUGAGCCCGUGGAGGAGGGACAGGAAAUGGCUCCCCCACAACCAGAGACCAAACGUCGCUUUUCAUUUUGUGCCAACUUGUUUUGAAGUGCCACAGAAACAGCUGUAUUUUCAAAACGCUUUAGGAAAAGGUUUCGAGCAUGGGUUCAUCUCAUUCUUUCAAAAGAAGAAAAAUAUCACAAAGACAAGCGAGAAACACAAGGCCCCGACUUGGGGGCGUUUGAUGUAUGCUGCCUCCUGCUUCUCUCAAACUGUGUGUGCUCUGCCUCAGUGCAGUCAGAAUUCGCUGCUCAUGUGUCUCAUAGUCG